UUAUAGAACAAUACAAAACACGUUUUAAAAAAAUGGUCUCUUAAUAUUUUUUUGUAAAGUGAACUCAUUCUCGGAAAAAUAACAAAAUAUGUGCGAUUUCGCGUUUUAUAGAAUAAACACAACUUUAGUGUUGUAUAGUUUUUUUUUUUUUUUAUAGCCUUUAUUAAAAUGUGUUGUAUAGUUAUAUUUUUAAUACAGUUUCUUAUUUAUAAACGACAAUAAAAUUUUUGUUAUUAUUAUGAACAUCAUUUUAAGUUUAAGUUAAAAUUUAUAAAUGUCACUUUUAUCACAUAUACUGACUCAUAAAAUAGUAAUCUCGGGAAUCGUUGAAUUGUCUAAGUACGAUAAUAAUCAUACAUGUGCAAUAUUCGAUUCUUUUAUUUUACAUUUACCGUGUACCUCUAACGUUAUCUAAAUGGAACUUUUUUGAUCCAAUAAAGUAAUUGUAAAUAGAAUCAUUACCAUUUAUUGAACAUUAUUUCUCUUGAAGUCAUACUUAUUGUUGUCUAGUUAGGUUUAAGAGUUGUUUGUAAAUCAGUAAAAGUAUUUUUAUUUUAAGUUUUUUUGGGGGGGGGGUUUUAUUAUUUAAUUAAUUAAAAUGCCACUUCGUGAAAAAUUUUUUAUAAUCGGCCAUAUGGAACAUCAAAUCACGGGAAGUAAAUUACCAUCUAGAGGAGAUUGUUUAAAAGUUUUAAUGUAUAAUAUGAGAUUUACAAAAUUAAAUUUAAACGAAAGUGCUGCUCUAGUUAUAGAAGAAUGUUUAGUUUUUUGGAAGAAAGCUCGAAUACCGACUCAAGAACCUCAUAAAUGUAAAGACAAGUUGAAAAAGUUGUAUGAGGAAUGGAGAUCAUUAACAAAAAAUGCCAAAAAAAUUUCUGAAAAUUUAAGACAAAAAGAAAAUAUGUUUUUAGAAAAAAUCAAUGAUUUAUUUGAUAUAGCCCACCAAAACGCACUCGAAUUGAUUAAAAUUGAAGAAGAUAGGCUAUUUUUAAAUAAACAAAGAGAAAAAGGACGUCCAGGUUCAAUGUUGGGAGUAGAUAGAAAACUAAGUGGGAUUGAAAAACGAAAAUUUACUCGUGAAGAAAAGAUUAACACUAGGCGUGAAAAGUAUUUAAAUACGCCGUCUACGUCAACUGGAAUUAUACAUUAUUCAGAUUUUGAUGAAUGCGAUAUUCAUGUAAAAUUAAAUGAAGAAAAAAACAUUCAAAAUAUUAGAGACGGUAUAAUUGAUGAUUUUGAGUCAGUAAUGGAGUUUGAAAAUGAAGAAAAAAUUCCAAAUUCUGAAGUUGAUACAGUUGUAAAACCUAAACGAGCUCGUAAAGAAAUUUUAACGCCACGAUUAGCUGCAGUACUUGAUAAGUGUAAAAUAAGUGAGAGAGAUACGGUCCAUUUACUUACAGCUUUUUUGGAUGCAGUUUCAUUAGAUUCAGCUGAUUAUAUAAUUAAUCGUACAUCUAUCCGUAAAGCAAGAGAUGAUUAUCGAAGAACUUACUAUGAAAAGGUAAGAAAAAAUUAUUUAAGUAUAGAAAAAGAUGUUGUAACAAUACAUUGGGACACAAAAUUAUUAAGUAACAUUAUUGGACAAAAAGUCGAUAGAUUAGCAGUAAUUGCAACGUCCCAUGCAGUUGACAAACUUUUAGGAGUACCAGAAAUACCCGCUGGAACUGGUUUAGAAAUAUGCUCCGCUAUUUAUGAAGUUAUUGAUAGCUGGGGAUUGAUAAAUAAUAUCCAAGCGUUUGUUUUUGAUACAACAGCAUCUAAUACUGGGAAAUUUAAUGGUGCUUGUUCCUUAUUAGAAAGGAAAAUUGAACGAGAUAUAUUAUUUUUCGGUUGUCGUCAUUAUAUAUACGAAAUAAUAUUAUCANAACGAGAUAUAUUAUUUUUCGGUUGUCGUCAUCAUAUAUACGAAAUAAUAUUAUCAACAGUUUUUACGAUUUGUAAAGUAAGCGUCCUGACAUGA